AUGCACAGCACUCUCGAUCAGCCACCUCUCUGUACUCCAAACUCCUUGAUUAAUUAUACCCGACACCCCGUCGAAAAUCUCCGGCUGCAACCAAAAGGGAUCGCACUAGUAUAUCUCAGCAGGAAAGAAAUUGGCGGACUGAGGCAAAAUGACGCAACAGAAAAGGACGAAUGGUAUCGAAUUUUCAUCGAUAUUACCGAUUAUCUAUCUAGCUAUCUAUCUAUCAAGCUAGCUAGCUAUCUAAUGGUGGCAAUAUCUAUCUAUCUAUCUAUCUAUCUAUCUAUCUAUCUAUCUAAUGAUGGUAAUGUCUAUCUAUCUAUCUACAUAUAUAUCUAUCUAUCUAAUGAUGGUAAUAUCUAUCUAUCUGACUAUCUAUCUAUCUAUCUAUCUAUCUAUCUAUAUAUAUAUAUAUAUAUAUAUAUAUAUAUAUAUAUAUAUAUGGUAAUAAUAUCUAUCUAUCGAUCUAUAUAUAUAUAUAUAUAUAUAAUGAUGACAAUAUAUAUCAAUCUAUCUAUCUAUCUAUCUAUCUAA